GGCUGCCCACCACAGCUGUGCAGAUGUUCUGGGCUCACAGCUGGAGAAGGACCUCGGGACUCACACAGCACUUGGCCCGAGCCCCCGCCACUGAGGGAAAGGAGGCUGCUGCCAAGGGCUGGGGAGUGGACUCCUCUCUGGUCGGGACCCAAGGCACCAGCGCCACCGAGACAUUGUGUGAGCUGGGCUGGGCCUCAGACACAGCCUGGGAGGUGCCGGCAUGGGAAGGGCUUUAAAUCCAGCUGUCGCCCCGGGCGGGAGAGGCAGAGUGGGCUGGCCACCAUGCACGGCUCCUGUGGCCUCUGGGCGCUGCUUCUGCUGCUAGCCACCGCGGGCCCCACCACAGCCCUCAAGGAGGAUGAAAAACAGCUGAUGGUCCAGCUGCACAACCUCUACCGCACCCAAGUGUCGCCACCCGCCUCGGACAUGCUGCAGAUGCGAUGGGACCCGGAGCUGGCUGCCUUCGCCAAAGCCUACGCCCAGAAGUGCGUGUGGGGCCACAACAAAGAUCGCGGGCGGCGCGGCGAAAACCUGUUCGCCAUCACGGACGAGGGCCUGGACCUGCCGCUGGCCGUGGAGGAGUGGCACCACGAGCGCGAGCACUACAACUUCAGCGCAGCCGUCUGCGCCACGGGCCAGAUGUGCGGCCACUACACGCAGGUGGUCUGGAGCAAGACUGAGAGGAUCGGCUGCGGCUCCCACUUCUGUGAGACGCUGCAGGGAGUCGAGGAGACCAACAUCCACCUGCUGGUGUGCAACUACGAGCCCCCCGGGAACGUGAAAGGGCAGAGGCCCUAUCUGGAAGGAAAGCCGUGCUCCCAGUGUCCCCUGGAUUACAGCUGCGAGAAUGCCCUGUGCGAACCUGUCAGAGGCCCCGAAGAGGCGCAGGAAUUGACCCCCCUGGUGACUGAGGGCCCAUCCACCGUGGCGGAUGAAGCCUUAGGCCCUGGCAAAACCAACACUCCUUCCCUAGCUACCGAAACACCUAGCUUCUCGGGGCGGGAGGUUUCAGGCUCCCUGGCAACGACGGCCCCGCCCACAGUGGGAACAAAGGCCCCAUCUUCCUUAGGGAAGGAAGAGCCCGCCUCCAUGGCAACAAAGGCCCCUCCUUCCCAAAACGCUGAGGUCCCUUCCAUUUCGGCCACUGCCACACUUCUUUUCUCAGAGGAGGACCCAGGGCCCCUUCCCAGAUCCACCCACCUUCCUGUUCUGAGAGCUGCCCACGACAUAGCCAGCAAGACAAGCACGUCCCCCACAAGGCCAGAGAGUUCUCAGCAUCCCACAGGGGAGCCUCAACCCCGUGCCCUGGAGGAGGUUGAGGCGGAGGUCAAGGUGCCCUCUUCCAGUGAGGUCUUGGCCUCCGUUUUGCCAGCCCGGGCCCAGCCAGGUGAGCCGCAGGCCACACUGGGGCACCCCAAGUCCCUGCCCAAUUUCCCCAGUGACUCUGCCUCCGGCAAUGCCAUUGGUGGGCGCACCCUGGCCCUGCAGUCGUCCUUGCCAGGUGCAGACGGCCCUGAGAAGCCUAGCAGGAAGCCUCCGAACAGCUCGGGGCACACAUGGGCCCACUCCUCAGGACUACUGCUGCUGCCUCCUCUGCUGUGGGCUGGACUCCUCUGAAGGGACACCGCUCUGCUCUAGGCCUGGUGGGCCGACCCAGGCCUCCUGCCUGCUCUGGAUUGUCUUUGUCUGAUAAGAGGCCACAGCUUCCUGGGCAGGUCCUGCUCUGUGGUCUUGUCCUCCCAGGAGGCCCCUACAGGGCCAAUCCCUGGUACCCCAGAAGUAACCUUUCUUCUGGAGAGGUCACUAGGCUGGUUGCAGGCUGUUGGGAGCAGCACCCUGGGGUGCCUAGUGUCCUGUGUUCAACCUCAGGCUCCCUCCAAGGCCCUGGCCCCUUCCUCCAUUCAUCAGGCCCAAGUCUGUCCCCAGUGCCUCCUGCCUUCCUGGGUGCAGAGGCCACAGCCCAGCCACCUUCUCCCCAACCAUGUCCUGCCCCUCACACAAGAAUCUCUUGGCUGAAGGCACUUGAAGAGCAAAGUUUGGGGCUCACAGCCUGGUUGGCUAAUGGCUUGGACCUGGGCUCCCCUGACCCCCCCCCCACAACUGAGUCCUGGAGUGGGGGUUCUAGGUGGGGCUCCUUGACUGCCUGGCUUGGGGACAAGGCCCACAGGAGUGGGGUUCUAGGGAGGAGAGGGCAACAGCCUCAACUCCUAAAUAAAGCCUGUCUGAGAGCU